CUCGCCUCAUCCACAAGUAUAUAAACGCAGAAUCCCCCAUUUGAGCAUCCAUAUCUACCAGUUACAAGAGUAUAUCAUAGGAAAAAAAAUGGUGUUCCAAGAGGACUUUGAAAUUGAAAAAUUCAUGAACAAGCAUGAGCACAAUGUCGUGUACAACUUGGGCGAAACCUGCUGCUACUCCAUGUCCUUGAAGGACUUGGAGGUACUUACGGGAAAUAAGGCGCCGUUGGACACCAUUUUCAACCAGAGAUUGGUGUAUGGCUGGAUCGAAGGGAGUGACGAGUUGAGAGACUUGAUCUGCGACGUCUACAACAAGGACGGGUGUGCGAAGCUCGUCAGAGAGGAUGUUGUGGUCACCAACGGUGCCAUUGGGGCCAAUUUCUUGACCAUGUACGGGCUUGUGGGCAAGGGUGACCACGUGGUGGUGGUCAAUCCAACCUACCAGCAGCUCCAGUCGGUGCCAAAGAUCUUUGAAGCAGAGGUGUCGCUUUUGGACUUGAAGUUUGAGGAGAACUGGCUUCCAAACCUUGAUGCCUUGCAGAAGUUGGUUCAGCCAAAUACCAAAAUGAUUGUAAUCAACAACCCUAACAACCCUACUGGCUCGGUCAUGGACAACGAGCUUUUGCUAAAGAUAGUGGACAUUGCCAGGGCCCAGGAUGCCUACUUGUUGUGCGACGAAGUUUACAGACCAUUGUUCCACUCUGUGGCACCUGACAAAGUGCCUGACUCCAUUGUUAACCUUUAUGAGAAGGGGAUUUCCACCUGUUCCGUUUCUAAGGCGUUCUCCUUCGCCGGUGUCAGAGUCGGCUGGAUCAUUUCCAGAGACCACGCUGCCAUCGCGGAGUGCAUCACCAGGAGAGACUACAACACCAUCAGUGUGUCCAUGGUGGAUGACAUCAUCGGAUCCUACGUCUUACAGAACAGGAAUGCCAUUCUUAAGCACAAUUACCAGUUGUGCAUCGGAAACCUUGCAAUUUUAGAAGAGUUCAUCCAGUCUAGCAACGGUGUCUUGGACUGGGUCAAGCCAGCCGGUGGUACCACUGCUUUUGUGAAGAUUAACGGUCUUGUGAAUGAUAACACCGAAGAUUUCUGUGACGACAUGGCUGUCGCCUACAAGACCUUGGUGGCUCCAGGCGAAAACUUCAACAACCGUGGAUACGUUAGAAUCGGGUUUGGAAACUCCAAGGAGGAUUUAUUGACCGGCUUACCACAGUUGAAGAAGUCCUUGAAAGACAAGGGCCUUUGGAAAUAGGUAUUAAUUUUAUGUAUAAUCGU